UUGGAAAAGGCGACUGGUGGCAUGACUUGGGGACAUCCUAAUGUCAAAAACGAUGCUGAUUUGGAGGAGGGGACUGGUGGCAUGACUUGUGGACAUCCUAAUGUCAAAAGCGAUGCUGAUUUACAAAACCUUGAACCAGAUCCAUAUUUACCAGGCUAUCUGUAUGGUUUCGAUACUGCAGAAAAGUGGCAACAACUACAGCAGAUGCCAUCUAUAUCAGCACAGAGCGCUUGGCGAGCUGAACAAUACCAUAAAGAAUUUCCUCUUCAAUUUGAAGAUCGACUUCAACUCGAAAGCAUCUACUGCGAUUUGCAGCAUUUUCAAGGCAAGAACACAGAGUUGCAGCAAAAUGGGAUCCGAAGCUGUAACAUUCAAGAGGCUCAGUGUAGACACCGAGGAGGAGAACAGCACUGGCCAAGAGGAAGGCAGUAAAAAGAGAGCUUUUCUGUGAGGAGAAUCACUUUGUUCAACGUACAUUCCCUUGGCAUUUUAGCUUUGGAUUAAACUUCAGAGCUGAAUAAAUCAUGGAGACUCGCACCUUGUUACUCUUGAUUCCUUAAUUCUUUGCUAUUGUAGCUGUUUUUCUUCAGAGAACCUCCCCGUUGAAGGAAAUAAAUCUGGAGUAUGCUGGGCAUGAUUCACUAAAUUCUUUGCUAUUGUAGGUGUUUGCUAUUGUACCAGAUUAAAUAAUAUGUUGAUUAACAUGGACCAAAACAUAUUUGGGUUCCCAAUUUAGUUAUUUGGUUUCCUUAUAUAAGAAUAUCUCGAUAGAGAAA